AUGGUCUUCCCUUGGUCAGCGCGAACCACACGUCCUCCAUGCGUCCCGGUCUCUGGCGACGGUCAUCCAAUGACGUCCAUGACGGCUGAUGUUCUUCUCGAAAUGGUCUGCCCAUCGGGUCGCUGGUCGUCCACGGGUGCUCCUCGUGUUUCUGGUAAUCCAAGAUGUUACUCUUGUGCUCCAACGCUCGUCUGUACUUCUGAUGACGUGUCCUGCCUAUCGAUGUUUGCCGCGGCUGGUUUGCUUUUCAAUAUCCCUGCUUUGGGAUAUUUGGUCUGUGCUUCUCUGAUUUUGGUUCCAUUGUUGGUAGCGGGUGGUGCCGAGAAGAGCUCUUUCCAGUGCGCGGCAUGCCGUUUUCAAAGCGAUCUUCUUGGUGUCCUUGAUUUGGCUUGUGACUUACCGGACGUUUUUAAAGGUUCUUGACUUCCCGGAUGUAAAACAACAUUGAUGUUCUUCCUUCAUGAAAUCUUCCUUUUCAGAAAUCUUCGAUUCAAAAAUGUUCUUUCGAGCUAACUUGAUCAAUGCAAAACCAGACCAAGCAUCUUUUGAGAAAUAGCUGAAAGCUCCAAUUAGUGAACUCCAAGUGAAAUUACCAGGUUCAAGGUUCUCAUUAAACAGCAAAAGCAAUUUCAACCAGUCACGUCUAUUAGAAAUUGCGUAAAUCUUGUUACCAAGCUAACAAUUUUCAUUCAAUACCGCGCCAAACUUUUGCUCGAUUUUUGCUGGAAAAUGGAGGCUGCUUACCUAAUACCGCUCUCUAUUUUUUAUCCCAUUCAUUUUGUAAUAGUUAUUUCAAUGCAAUCAUUUUUGCUGUUUAUUAUGAUUCGAAAAACGCCAGCGACACUUCAAGGCCUUCGAUUUUAUAUGGCAAAGUCGUGUGUUGUGGAAAUGAUUGUGAUAUUUCUUAUUUUCUUCGCUCAAUUUAGGUUUGUAGUUCUAAAAAUUCUGGCUCUUACAAACUUGAAACUUCUAAGAAAAAACUGCUGGGAAUUUAAAAAAGCACGUGUCAGCUCCAAUUCAUGUUUUUGAAUCUCUUCUGCGCAAGUUGGUUCAGGUCCGGCCCAAAAAAUGGCCCGCAUUUCAAUGAGCCGCACUGAACUACCUGCGCCUCAAGCUUCAAAUUGAUUAUUAAAAAAAUUUAUUGCCAUUUCAGAAGUAUAAAUAAUCAUAUUUCGUUGGCAGUCCUUUGUUACGGACCUGCAUCUUAUUUUUCUGACACAAUUUGUUUCUACUCCUUCAAUGCGGUUCAGGUAAUUUCCAAAAAAUACUCACACCUUUAAUUUCAUUCAUUUAUCGAUCUCAAUCAAUAAAUCAACUGAAAAACGUUAACUUUCUAUUUUCGGUUUUUUCCAGGUAGCCGCAGCGGAAGCUUCUUUCUCAAUCGCUCAUACAGUUUAUUACAAAUAUCGGAAUGCCUUGGAUUUCUCGAAAAAGCAGUCAUUUUUCAGUAUCCUAGGACAGACGAGCAUAACCGUGUUGCCCUUGAUAGCAUUGAUGGUAAGAAUGAUUUGACCAUCCUUCUUAUUAUUUUUCCAUAUUUCUCCCAAUCAAAAAUGGCAUUAAUUCAGAUAACCAUGACGAUUGGGAGCUCGGACAUCCCGGCUAUUCGCGCAGAGACCCAAUCAGAACAUCCCGAAUACCUUAUAACAGAAGAUACAGUACUCGCGGGGUACAGUAACAUGCGAGAUCCUGUCAGUGUCAUAGCCCUGACGAUAAUCGGCCUUGUGGCUUAUGGCACAUUCCUUUUCACCUUCAUUUGCAGAAAGUAAGCUUUUUGCAUUUUUCAUUCAAGACCUCAAGAAUUGGGGAAGAGGACUUUUUCAAAGUGUCAAUUACAGGAAAAUCGAGAAAAGUUUCCAAGAAAAAAGUGAGCAUCUUUCGGAGCAUACAAAAGAGCAUGCUAGGACCUUCAUACGUGUAAGUUUUCAUCAAAAAAAAAAAAUCUUUUAAGGAAAUUGCGCCCCAUGGCGAAAAAGCAGCCUGAAUAAGUUUCCGGACCUGUUUUAGCAUCUUCCUGCGCUUUUAAAUAACAUUUAAAUUAAAUAAACUUUUUGGCGACUUCGUUUUUGAUGUUUAGCCGUGGAGCGCAGUUACUUCUUUUUAUUUUUUUCAAUGUUUGGAAUCUUUUUUGAUAAACUAAAAAAUUCUAAUGAAAAAUAUUAAAACUCAGACUUUAACAAUUCAAUCACUUGUGCCGGCCAUCGUCAACAUUCCUACCAUCACUUUGUUCAUUUACAAACAGUACACAGGUUUCUUUUAAGAUCAAAAGUCUUUGAUGUAGUGUGUAAUGAAGCAUAUUUUCAAAGUCCUGACAUGGAGGGUCAUUUUACUUUGCGGUUGAGAAUUCGCUGAAAAUGAUGAGAACAAUCCUUGGUUCACAGGCCUUGAAAGUUUCAUCGUGCACAACUUUCUCGUUUUUGAGUAAGGACUUUUCAAAACUAAAAAGAACCCAAAAUCCGUUGAAAAAACUAUCUUUGGGCCCGUAUUUCUCGAAACCUAGGGAAAUUUGCAGGUUCAGGCUUUCGAAACCUUUAUCUGGUACAUCAAGAAAUGUUCUGAAUAACUUUUCCCAGCUCCCAUAUUGAAAGACCUUCCUUGUGAGCCGUUUCAGUAGUAUAUUAGGGCGAAUUUGAAAUAUUUACGACGUUUUUCUUAAACUGCCACUUUUUCAGGUACAACAAUAUUUAUUACCGAGUUCAUGAUGCCGGUUGUCAUGGCUAUACCGAUCACAUUAAAUCCACCAAUGGUUCUCUAUUUCGUUCAACCGUAUCGGAAAGCUGUUGCUUCAUUAAUUUUCAAUAACAAAUCAGAAGAUAGAUCUUCCCGGAAUCGAUCAAUUUGAUUUGAAUCUUUCUUUUUUGAUCUUGAGAAUAAACUUUUGGUUCAAAAAAUUAAAAACUAGGUUCCAGAGCGAAGAGCGAAAUAGCAAGCAAAAUAAGAGCGCAUACAGAAAAUGGAUAGAUUUUUUAGAAGUACUUUUUCUCAUGUUACCUGAUUUUUUGUGGGUGUGAAGCUAUUUGAUUGAUUGAAGAAUUCAAUUAGACAUAAAAAGGUUAAAACGAGUUAUUAAAAAGAGAUUUACUAAAAUUUUUUUAAUCACAGCUGCCCACUGCUAUUUUUGACUCUCAGCCCGAAAAUUGCUAGUUUCAAGGGUCUUAUCAAACAACUAGACUGCGUCGGGAGCAAUUUGAGCCAGUCACGGCCAUUAGAACUUGCGUAAAUCUUGUUACGAAGCCGAAAAAGUUCAUAAAUUGCGCAUAGUUUUGGUCAACUUCCUACUCAAAAAUGGAGGAUGCCUAUCGAUUAUCGCUCUCUAUUUAUUAUCCUAUCCAUUAUGUCUUAGUUUUUUCGAUGCAAUUCUUUUUGUUGUUUAUUAUGACAAGAAAUACGCCUAAGGCGCUUCAAGGCCUUCGAUUUUAUAUGGUAAAAUCGUGCUUUGUUAAAAUGGUCGUCACGAAUCUCAUUUUCUUCGCUCAAUUUCGGUUCGUGUUUGUAAAAAUAAAAAUGAAGGGUGGGCUUUCGAUACAGUCUGAAUUUUCUGUGUUUUUUCUUUUUUUAGUUUUGAUCAUGCAUGUAGAGAAAAGAGAGCGCAGAGAAGCUGGAGAGCAAAAAAAGUAUAGCGUGUUAAAAAAUAGAUAGGAAAACUUGAUAAAAAAAAAUCCUGAUAAGCAAACUGAAUAUUAGAAAUUUGCCUGGAUCUAAGCAAAAAUUGAAAAAUGAAGCAGAACGAAGCUUUUUGAAAAAAAAAAGGUUCACAAAAUUUUCCAUUUUUUCCAGGAUAUCGAAACUUUCUCUUUGAAUAAAAAAUGCUCGAUUGAAACUUUAAGAAUAUGUUUUUGAGCAAAUGAAGCUCAUUUUCGAUCUUCUAGUGUGAUAAUUAUAGAAACUGUUGAAAAACCUGAAAUUUCAUAGAAUGGUUAAAAUGACCCUUUUGAAGAGAAAAACCAGCUAGUUUUUAUUAAUAAUUCUUCAAAUUAUUCGAAUUUUUAUCACCGAUACUUUUUUAGCACCAUAA